AACAUGGCGGACACACUACGAAAAACUGUGACAAAGUUCACAGAUGUAGUGUUCCCAGUCUCUAAAACCAACCGAGAAAAUUCACAGCAUCAUGCUUUGCGAGCUGGGAAUGAAUAUGUCUCCAGUUUACCUCUGCAGAUGGCGUUUUACUUCAAUGGAUUUUACUUUCCGUUCUGGUGUGCUUAUACUAUCCUUGGCUUAUACGUGAAGUAUAAUUACCUUGACACAUUAUACAAGAUCAUCCAACUUGCUGUUGUGAUACUGAUUGUCAUUGUUGAGAUUAUCCGUCUUUAUGUUGGUUACCUAGGAAACCUAUCUGAAAAGGUGCCUGAGUUGGCUGGCUCCUGGCUGUUAACUAUCCUUAUCAGCAUCCCAUUGACAUUGGUCCUUCUUUUCAAUGAUGGCGCCUACAUUCUGCCACCUGAACGAGCUUGCAACAUCAUCCAGUUGUGCUUUCUCCUUUUUGAAGUGAUCGCUGGUUACUUUGCUAUACGUGCCAUGGUGAAUUUACAAGUUGCCAAAUUCCACUUGAAGCAGUUUUAUGACUUGGAAAAUUUAGAUCGAAAUGAGGGACUUGACUUUUAUGAGAAUAAUGGUGCGAAGUCAAAGAGGAAAAAUGCUGCGACUAGAGCCUAGAGUGCAUGGAUGCCAAAUGUUCACAUCCGAACCUAAGAUUACUGGUUGUCAAGUCUUAUUUAUUAGUUGUUCUAUUGUAGAUACAAGGCCUAGAUAGAUUCCAGGAUUGAAACUACAUGAUAUACAUGAUUGUAUAUCACACAUGUCUAGACCACUCAUUCGGGCUAUUAGAAUGCAGAUUAGAAAAAGGAGUGAUAUUUUUGGUGUCUGACUCUCUUGUAGCUAGAGAAGUGUUUUUAUUAAUAUGUACAACAGACUUGAGUAUGAACAUCAAAAAUUUAGUAGAAAAUAUGGUUGGGAUUGGUCUCAAACUUGUAGAUAAGAUUUUGAUAUGAGAAAGUUGAAGCUUGCAGCUAGAGAAGUGUUUUUAUUAAUAUGUUCAACAGACUUGAGUAUGAACAUCAAAAAUUCAAAGUUAGUAAAAAAUAUGGUUGGGAUUGGUCUCAAAGUUGUAGAUAAAAUUUUGAUAUGAGAAAGUAGCAUGUACGUAGUAAGUUAUAUUUUU